AUGACUACGAAACAAACACACCGGGUCGAGGCGUACAAUGAAGAUGAACACCACUCGGAAAGCAAGAAAAGCAUGGCAGGGACGCAAGCUGAUGAACACGACAUGCAAGUACUAGGAAAGACCCAACAGCUUAAUCGAAAUUUCAGAUUUAUCUCUAUCCUGGGAUUCUCAUGUACUGCAAUGAGCACUUGGGAAAUCACGCUUUCAUCGAGCAUAUUCGGUCUGAUCAAUGGCGGGUUGCCUGGUCUGGUAUGGGGAUACUUUAUCGUCUGGAUGGGCUAUUUCACAGUCUUCGCCUCGAUAUCUGAACUGGCUUCCAUGGCACCUACAGCUGGUGGUCAAUAUCAUUGGACUUCGGAACUAUCGCCUAAGAGUUGUCAAAAAUUUCUCAGUUACAUGGUUGGAUGGCUCAGUGCCCUUGGCUGGCAAGCAGGUUAUGCAUCAAUAGCCUUUAUCGCUGGCACAUUGAUCCAAGGUCUGAUUGUUCUAAACAAUCCGAAUUAUAUCUUCGAGCGGUGGCACGGCACUCUCUUGGUCAUCGCUAUCACAGCUUUCUCGAUCUUCUUCAACACCUUCCUUGCCAAAAGGCUCCCGAUAGUAGAAGGAUUGGUAUUGAUCCUCCACGUUUUGGGUUUCUUCGGCGUCCUUAUCCCACUUUGGGUUCUGGGCCCACGAAACUCAACCGAGAUGGUAUUUACCGAGUUCACAAACUUUGGUGGCUGGAGCUCGACUGGACUAUCAGUGAUGGUCGGCAUGUUGACUACCGUGUACGGAAUGCUAGGAGCUGAUUCGGCAGUCCAUAUGGCUGAAGAAAUUCGCGAUGCCGGCAUUGUUCUUCCUCGAGCAACAAUGUGGUCAUUGACAAUCAACGGUGCUUUUGGAUUUGUCAUGAUGAUCACAUACUGUUUUACUUUGGGAGACCCUUUCGCAGACAUGGAGUCUCCGACUGGCUAUCCUGUGAUCGCUGCCUUCUUCUAUGCUACUCGAAGCUAUGCUGGCACGUCCGUCAUGAUCGCAAUCAUUAUCGUCAAUGUUACGGCAUCAUGCAUUAGCACUCUAGCCACCGUCUCCCGACAGACUUGGUCCUUCGCUCGAGAUGGUGGCCUCCCCUUUGCCAAUUUCAUUGGCGCCGUCAAGCCUGGCUGGAACAUACCACUCAACGCUGUUUGCCUUACAUUCGUCUUUACGACUCUUCUCUCACUGAUCAACAUUGGAUCUACUGUUGCAUUCAAUGCAAUAUGUUCCAUGGCGACGAACGCGCUUCUAUCCACCUACAUUAUUUCGCUCUCAUGUCUUAUACUUAGACGAGUCAAAGGUCCUGCACUUCCACCGCGUCGAUGGUCACUUGGUUCAUUCGGUCUCCCCAUUAAUCUCGCUGCUCUCUUGUUUCUAAUCUGGAUCUGGGUAUUUUGCUUCUUUCCACAAGAGACUCCUGUAACAGCAGCCAAGAUGAAUUGGAACAUCGUUAUCAAUGCAGGAGUUAUGAUAUUUGCCAUCGCAUAUUACUUUGUUGUUGGCAGACAUCGCUAUGUCGCGCCGGUCAUGUUGGUGAAGAGGGAUCUGUGA